CCUUUGAUGAACUUUAUUGCAUUAAUCCGCCCCUAACCCUAAAAACUAUUUAGCCUAAUCUAAACUGACCUAUCUCUAACCCCGCACGUGUGCACUGCCAGGGAACGCGAAAUAGAGGACGCAAAAAUAAGAAUCUCUGCUUGCAUAGGCCUUUGCACAAACAGAGGACUUGUAUUCUUACGGCAAUAUCAGGCUUGUUUCUGCUGCUCCGAAUCUACCCAUGUGACCCAUCCGGAGUCAGCAGUUCAACUAUCAUUCUAGUCCUAGUAUUUAGUAGUUAUGAUAUGGUCCUUUGAUGAACAAGGAUUUUUUCUCCUGGGUUACACUUUGAACGGAGAACUUAUUUCAUUUUCUGAUGGAUCUUCGUUUUUGGUAGUUUCGUAUGCGGCAAAAGGGUUCAGGGUUUAUAGGUGUCCUCUUCGAACUUCCCAUGGGCAGUUAACGUCCUCUUCGUUGCCCUGCCCUGGUUAUUUUGUUGUUAUGUUCAUGUCUGACAGGGCCCUGGUGUUCCACCCAAAGUGUUUCAAACAGAAAUUUUACCACCGACUAGGUAGUUGCCCUUAAUGCCACCUGGCUGUAAGCCCUAUUUUAUUUUUGAAUUGAAUGAUGAGGGAUGCAUGGAAAACAACGAAGAGUUGUUCAGUAAUUGCUAUUUAGUGUUUUGUUUACAGAAAAAAAACCCGAUGAUUCAUAAUUUCACGGUUUGUACGACAAAUGUUUACAGUCGUCGGUGUCGGUUGUGUAACGAGUUCGUUGGACGUGCUAUUUUUUCUUGUGCACAGGUGAUCGGUUAGUACCGGCGGAAUCGAAAACAAUUCUCGGUCUCGUGGGAUUGUGAAAUACGAGGAAAUGUUUUAUAAAAGAAUCAAACGGCUGACGUCGGUGGGACAUUAUGGUUCUGAAAGUGCUCAGGUUCUUGUCGAUUGCUCGCAUAGCGCUGUCCUACGGGCCCAGCUUCGCUUUCGCCCUCGUCCUGCGUCUCCUCAUCCUCGUCGGAAGGCCGGAUAUCGAAGACAGGGAAAACAGGAUCAAAGACAUCCAACCUUCACAGUUGCGAUCCCAUUACGAUUUCAUCGUAGUCGGAAGUGGUUCUGCGGGGGCUGUACUCGCCAACAGACUAUCAGAAUCAGCCGAUGUAACAGUCCUGUUAAUAGAGGCUGGGAGCGAUGAGCCGGUCUUAAGCGACAUUCCUGCUCUCUACUCCGCAUUGCAGUUAAGCCCGAUUGACUGGCAAUAUAAAAGUGAACCCUGCCUGCGUUCCAAUUUCGGCAUGAAGGAAAACCGAUCCCUCUGGCCGAGAGGGAAGGUCCUGGGAGGAACCAGCGUGCUCAACGCGAUGCUCUACGCCCGUGGAAACCGGAAGGACUACGACAGCUGGGAAUCUGCGGGAAACCAAGGCUGGGGAUACCGCGAUUUGCUGCCAUACUUCAAGAAGUCGGAGGAUGUUCGUAUAAGAGGUCUGGCUGAGAGCGGCUACCACGGCACUGGAGGGUACCUCGGAGUGGAAGAACUCCGAUAUUAUUCCCCUAUCACGGAAGCAUUUUUGCAAGCAGGACGACACUUGGGCUACAGUGAGGUCGAUGUCAAUGGACGUUGGCAGACCGGUUUCACCAAAUCACACUGCACCUUGCAUCAAGGUCUUCGAUGCAGUACUGCUAAAGGGUUUCUACGGCCGAUUAAGGAUAGACAGAACUUGCAUAUUAUACUCGAUUCUCACGUCGAGAAAGUAUUAGUGACAAACGACUUCGGAACGUUGAAAGCGAUUGGUGUCCUUUUCUCAACACCACAUAUUCAAGGGAUAAAGAUAUUUUCCAACAAGGAAGUCAUAUUGUCCGCUGGUUCCGUUAACUCGCCUCAGAUUUUGAUGUUGUCGGGAAUCGGCCCGGGAGAGCAUUUGAGAGAAUUGUCGAUACCCGUGUUGGUGGAUUCGCCCGGGGUGGGCAACAAUCUUCAGGACCACAUCGCACUCGGCGGGACGACCUUUUUGAUCGAACCACCGGAGGAGUACGGCCCCUGGGAGCAGGCUUACGUCCUUCCGAAUGUCCUGAACGUCAAUACUCUUCAGAUGUUCAUGACGAAAAACACGGGUCCUUUGUACGGGACGCCGACGACCGAGGCCAUGGCGUUCGUCAACACGAAGUACGCGAAUAGAAGCGAAGACUGGCCCGACGUCCAGCUCUUGUUCGCCAGCACAGGAGACAACGCGGACGGCGGCCUCUUCGGAAGAAGGAACAACGGCCUCGCAGACGAUAUCUACGCAACCGUAUUCGAACCGAUUUUGUAUAAAGAAUCUUUCACUAUUGUGCCACUAUUGUUGAGACCUCGAAGCAAAGGUUUUAUCCAACUGAGAGACCACUCGCCGAAAAGCCAUCCGAUUAUAGUACCAAACUAUUUAUCGGACGAGAGGGAUCUAGAAAUAAUGGUGGAAGGUGCGAAAAUAGCAUACGAAUUGUCGCAAACGUUGCCGUUCCAGAAAUACCGGGCCCGGCUCCAUGACAUACCGAUUCCCGGGUGUGACCGCUUGGAGUUUCUUUCGGACGAGUACUGGAAAUGCCAGGUGAGGCAUUAUACAAUGACAAUCUACCAUCCGGUCGGAACGUGCAAGAUGGGGCCAAAAUGGGACGGUAUGGCCGUCGUCGACCCAAGGCUACGGGUCUACGGUGUCGGCAACCUUAGAGUGGUCGACGCGUCCAUCAUGCCGACCAUCGUCAGCGGAAACACAAACGCUCCGACGAUAAUGAUCGCGGAAAAGGGUGCCGACAUGAUAAAAGAAGACUGGGGCAUGAAGCUCCCGCACGACCUCGGACGUGUCAGCAUCGUACCGUUGACCUACCUGCAGCGACCAUACCAUAUACAGCCAUAUCCUCAGGUGUACCAGACUGUACGUGUACCCGACCCACGGCCUCCCUCACGACAGCGCUAUUACGGAACCUGAUUACUUUAUAAGUUAAUUAAAAUGUAUUUUUUAUUAGUCCAUUUAAAAAAAAUCGUCAUUCCCCUGAGGUCUUUAUAUUUCAGCAUAAAAACACAAUAAACUUUAAAAAUCGUCACUGCGAUCAUUCUUUAUUACUAGGUUCUUAAAAACAUAAUGAACUGCAAAAUCUAUUCUGGGAUAUAAAGCUCCCUUGUAUAAUUAAUUAUUAACAUCACUUAUUUAAAAACAAUUCAUGCCUGAUAAGAUAAUUAACCAAAUAUCAGUGCUUGCAUUUUCCAAGUAUUGAUGGUGUUAACGGUUAGCAUUUUUGGCCGAGCGCAAGCCAAACUCUACUGCCUGUAGUAAGUUUGGUAGUUCCCGAUUAUUUUGGUCUACCUGUCCUUGGUGUUUUAAUCAGUCAGUUCGACUUCUUGCCAUCCUUAGUGGAGGGUUUUUACCCCAAAAUUAUUAUUAAAAAACUGAAGAUUUGAUAGGCAGACGGAAUUGAUGAGAAACGGCCAAACUUCAAUUUGACCAGAUCUGUUUUACUGCUUGCUUCAUGCUUUGUUGCCUUUUUUCGGCUAAUUCGGCCUAAGACAAGUAAGUAGUUGAGAGCGUCAAUCCGAUAAAAGAUUAAAAUUGUACCGCUCCGCUGGCAUGGUUGAUGGGCAAAAUUAACAAAGCGCUUACGAAACCCGUUGAAUGGAAAAGAGAGAUGAGACCGACCAAGGAAAAGAACGUGGAUCCAGAUGUAGUAAAAGGAAACCAGAGAGAACAGAGCGCUCAGCUGGAAAAUGGAAAACGUCUUCCUUGUACAUUGAGGACACCCAAUUCAUUGGAGAGCUUGAUUGGGGGCCAA